AUGGAAGGCAAAAAGUCUUUCACGCCUGAUCAGGUCGCCAAAAUGAUGUGCGAAAUAUCCGAAGAUGAUUUUUCGUCCUCGGCAGAGAGCGAUUUAUCUAUGGAUUCAGAUGCUGAUGAGGAUUUCCUAAAAGGAAGAGAUCCUGAUCUAGAAGAUCCUGAUCUAGAGUCAGAGUCAUCAGACUCAGAUUGGCAGUCAGAGAGAAAGAGGCCCAUGAGGACCCCAGUGACUGUGGAGGAGGAAGACCUGGAACCCCAACCCUCUAGCUCCACACAGCCUGCAAGACAUGGCAGAGGAAGAGGCAGAGGAAGAGGAAGAGGCAGAGGAAGAGGCAGAGGGAGAGCAGGAGGGAGAAGCACUCCGAGUUCUGGACUUGAAGGUGCAUGGCAGGGCACUGAUGUGGAGGACAUCACUCCUGAUCAGCCAUCCUUCCACCCAGCACGCACACCUGGUGGCCAGCUCAUGGGUGGUGUAAAAUACACCAUCCUACAAUUGUUCAAAUUAUUCAUGACAAAUAACAUUCUCAAAGACAUCAUGAACAAUUCUAACAAAUAUGGAGAAAGGAAUCACCCGGACACAUUCCAGAGGAUCACCAUGGCAGAGAUGAUGUCCUACCUCGCGAUGAUCAUAUAUAUGGGAAUGCUCAAGAGAACAGCAAUCACUGACUAUUGGAGAAGGAAUGAGCUGUAUGCCUUGUCUUUUCCCUCAAGUGUGAUCUCCGGGCGCCGCUUCAGAGCCAUCUCUCGCGCCCUCCAUCUCAGUGACCCUGGUGAAGAUGCUGCCAACGACUCAAGAAGAGGCACCGCUGGGUACGAUAGGCUUGGCAAAAUAAAGCCAUUGUACCAGGAGUUCAGGCAGAUGUGCAUGGCACAUUAUCAACCCCACCAGUGCAUUUCAAUCAAUGAGAGGAUGGUCGCCUUCAAAGCCCGCAGUGGAAUCCACCAGAAGAAUAAGCCCGUGGUGGAGUGGGGUUAUAAGCUGUUUGUGCUGGUGGAUUCCACCAGUGGUUACACCUGGGACUUCAUCUAUGAAGGCAGGGGAGCACCAAUCAACAAGGGGCUCAGCUAUGACUCCGUCAUGCGUCUCACAAAUACGCAUUUGCUUGGUACCGGGUACAAGUUAUUUGUAGAUAACUUUUACACAAGCCCAGAUCUCUUUCGUGACCUCCUGCAAAAGAAGAUCUGGGCCUGCGGUACCAUUCGCGGACAGCGUAUUGGGUUCCCCAAAGACAGGCCAGGCGGGCUUGUGAGGUCGUCUCCCCGGGGCACCAUUCGCUGGAUCCGUGAGGGGCCCCUGGUGUUUGUGCAGUGGAGGGACACCAGAGAUGUGCUGAUGUGUUCCACGCUUCAUGCAGCACAUGGGGACGAUAGUGUCCGGAGACAGAUCAAGGGGGCAGAUGGGCAGUGGCGUGUGCAGGAUAUCGCCAUUCCACCAGCCAUCAAGGAUUUCAACAGGAACAUGGGUGGUGUGGACCUGUCAGAUGCCAUGAUCGAGUAUUACUCUGUCCUGCACAAAACCAAGAAGUGGUACCGGUCUUUCCUGUACCACUUCAUCGACAUCGCCAUCGUCAAUGCCUUCAUCCUGUACAAGGAGAUCGCCACUGCAAGGCAGGAGAAGGUGAUGUCCCUCAAGGCCUUUCAGGAGACCCUGGUGAUGGAGCUGACAGAAGCUGGGUCUACCACCACAGCCCCUCCACAGCCACCCCCUCCUGCUCCCCAAGGUGCCUCACACAAGCUUGUUCACUUUUCACAGGAUGGCACCGUAGGUCGGAGGAGGUGUGUCCACUGCCACCGGACGACCACAGUAAAGUGCACCUCCUGCGACGUAUGCCUGUGCUUCACAAUAAACAGGGACUGUUACAAUACAUGGCACACCAUGAAGAAUUUCUAACUUUUCUAUAACGUGUAAAUAUUUCUUGUGUGUGUGUUUUGUAUUUUGCACAGUUUUUGUAAAUGAUGUAAAUAGACAUCAUAGACAGUGCAUUUUGUGUGCCCUUUUUUUUUUUAUCAAAAUCUCAGGAGGAAUGGAAGAAAAUGUGUUUUUUUGUGGUUAUGCUAAUGUAAAUUUGUGCCUAAUUGACUGACAUCAAAUCCAACAUACACAACAGUUUCCAGUAAGCUUUCAUCAGAUACCAAGAUUAUGUUUCUAGGCAAAGGGGUUCAAAGGUUAUAAGCCUUGGAAACUCUGGGUACCCAAGGUUCAUUUUGGAGUCUCCAAAUGGCACAAAGACACAAAAACGCGUGGACAUACCUGUAGAAAAUAUUCAUAUAAAAUCCAUUUUUGAGUCUUUUGACUUCAAACUUUUUAUGUGAAAUAUAAGACAUGUGGCUAUGACCCUGAGUUGUUCUUCAGCUCCUGACAUGUGUUUACAGUAGUGUAUUUUAGUCAGUUUUCAGAAAAAUUAUUUGGGCGGAAAUGAAAUCCUCCAUUCUAGCCUCUGUAACUCUGUGUCAGUAAUCACACUGACACUUGUAUCAGAAACUAGAGAUGGUCUUCUUUCCAAUGAGUUAGAGCAUGCUAGCUAACUAGUUUUAUAAACAUACGUCCUGUACAUUUAUGAAUGCUGCUUGGUUUUACUGAAGCAGAUUAUGAACCUUUAUAAACAGUGUAACAAGUG